AUGAAGCCAAUUGAUACUUCUUAAAAAUCAAUAAAUAAGAAUAAGAUUAGUACAUUUGGUACUCCAAAUAGUAGCCGAAUACCUAGUCGUCAACUCACAAAACGCGAAGGAGAUGAUGGAAGUGCAAAGCUACUAAGACCUAUUUUUUAGCGAUCCACCACUAUGAAGCGCAUGUCAGAAAAUAUCGGAGCUCAAUUGAAGAAAACAGUGCUGAUGAAUUAAAAUAAUAAUAACCUGAUCCCAUAAGGAAGGAAAAUACUCAUGAAAUUAUAGUCGAGUGACAGCCAUCAGCUUUAAAGUCUAAAUAAGCCGAAGAAAUAGGAAGUUGAUCAUGCCGCAUUGAUUAAGUAAAUUGAACUGAAAAGAAAGGAAAUAAACUAGAAAAAGGGUAGAGAAUUGAACUAAGAGAAAAAGUCGUCAGUCCUAGACGUUAAUUAGCAUACUUCUGGAAUCGAACCACAUCGAUCAGGAUUUCUUACGAAUUUAAAGAAUUUAAGUAAAAUGGAAUACAGUUCCUCCUCUUCGUCUUCUUCUGACGGAGCAGGAGGGAAAAAACAUAAAGAAAAAAAGAGAUUUGAAAAUAUAAAAGGAAGACGCGGCAAUAUAAUUGGUCCAAAUAGUUUCCUCAAAGAAUUGAUUGAAAAGCAAAAUAUCAAAGAGGGAAUAAGCUAAAAUUCCUAGUCAAGUCCUCCGAGUCAGUUAUAAUCUGGUGGAAGAAUACUGAAGGGUAUUAAAUUUUUCAAUGAAGUAGAGAAAAGAAAGCGUAAUGAAACUUAUCACUCUAGUGACAGCAGCGGGACUAAUAAACAAACACCAAGGAAACUGCUUCAAAGUGAUUUAAAUACAUUAGACAAUGAGUAAUCAGAAAGGAACAAAAUUAAUAAGGAUAAUGCUAGGAGAGUAGAUGGUUCUGGCUCAAAGAUGGAUAAAGAGAAUUUAGAUGGUACAUAGGUAAAAAUUGAUUCAAGCUUUUAGGGCGAUAAUAAGGGAGAUAUUAAAUCUGCUAAUCAUACAUUUGUUUCUGAGGGUAACUAGGACGGUUCUAAUAUUGAGGAAAACAGAAGUAAAUUAAUGAAUUUUAGUCUUCUCGAUGAGUAGAUACUUAAGAAAAAAAUGCCAAAAUGUGUUAUAAAUCCAACUGCAUUGUGGAAGACUAUUUGGAAUGUCAUUGGGUUGUUCCUUAUUUGUUUUUUGGCAAUCACUGUACCAUACAGAAUCCCAUUUGAAGAUUAAACUCCUGAUGAAUGGAUAAUAUUAGAUAUUUGCAUAGACUCAAUUUUUCUGUUUGAUGUAUUCUUGAACUUCUUUACUGCUUAUGAGGAUGAGAACGGAGAACUCAUAGUUGAAAGAAGGAGAAUUGUUAAGAAUUACAUAAGGACUUGGUUUUUCAUAGAUUUACUUUCAUCAAUACCCAUCACAUUGAUCCAAAAAUAUUCCUCUAGUGACUCAGUAGACAACAUUAAACUUCUCAAGCUUAGUAGACUACCUAGAUUAUAUAGAUUGCUAAGACUUAUAAAGCUUAUGAGAUUGUACAAAUCUAACAAGUUUGUUGAGAAACUGUUUGCAGCUGUGAAUAUUAGUGUCACAGCUAAUAGAAUGAUCAAUUCCCUAAUAAUGAUGAUUUUCUUGCUGCAUUUAAUUGGAUGUUUGUGGGCUACAGUUGCAUCUCUGACUGAUGGGGCAUAUCCUUAUACUUGGACUGUACAAUACGAGAUUGGAGAUAAGGAAAAUAUGGACUAAUAUAUCGCUUCAGUCUAUUGGGCUGCUGUUACAAUAUAUACAGUCGGUUAUGGUGAUAUUACACCAAUGAACGAGAUGGAAAUGAUGGCAUGUGUACUUAUCCUAUUUACUGGAGUUUCCCUUUAUGCUUAUAUGUUCUCUAAGCUUUCUACACUUUUCAGUAGUGUAAAUUCUAGUGAUGGCAACACUAAGACAAGAGAUGAGAUCAUUCAUGAGUUAUCUCUCAAGCAUAGAUUUUCACAAGACCUUCUAAACAAAAUUCAAUAUUUCUUCCAAUAAGAUGCAAUUGAGACAAUAAAAAUUCUAUAAGACAAGGAUUAAAGAUUUUAUGGAGAUUAUUUGUCUAAAUUUGAACCAAUGAGAAUAAAAAAUGGCACAGUUUUUGCUAAAGAAGGAACCUAGCCCCAAGAAGUCUUCUUUUUACUGAAAGGAUCCGAAUCAUUUAUUGCAAAGAGUGAUUGCUAUAUACUUAAAUUGGAGGCAGUUAUAUUUGAAUAAAUUCUUGAUGAAUUUGAUGACAUAAGAGAUGAAAUUGAAAAAAUAGUUGUAGAGAGAGAAAAAAAGCGCAUAGAGGAUCUUUAAGUCAAUAAAUUUAAACAAGAAGAUCCAAAGAUUGGACUGCAUAGACUUAUAUCAAAGAUUAAUUUUGAUGAAAUGGAAAAAAUAGCUACUAAAGGUCUAGAGAGGCUGAAUUCUAAUCGAAGCAGAGGAAGCAGAUAGAAUGGAGGUUUAGACUCAUAGCAAACAUUAGCAAAGUAAAUGAGCAUUCAAGAAAACAUACUCUCUAAUAGAUUCUCCGCUAGGAAUAACCUACAUAUAGACUCAUUAAAAGGUAAACCUGCUAGAAUAGGAAGGGAUAACUCCUAGCAAUUCAACACUUUUGGAAAUUAAGAGUCAUUAGAUAGUGGGAUUGAUAUAAAUAGAGUAGCCGGAGUAUUUGCUUCAAGUCCCAAAAACAGUUAAGGCGUCAACUAGUCUGGCUAAUUGAAUGUACCAAGCUUUGCCAAGAUUUAAACAUAGAGUCCAAUUAUUGAAAAAUAUGUGAAGGAGUCCAAUGGAUCUCCAGACUUUAACUAUAAUAAGCUACUUGUCAAUCAAAGAACAUUGCAUGGCAACUCACAAUCAAAGCUAAACAUGCAUCUGAUUAAGAUCGAGAAUAUAAAAAAUAACAUCAGAGAGUCCUUAUCAAAAGAAGAGAUAGACCGAAAUAAGGUGGAAGAGCGUUUCCAUGAAACUAAAGCCCAAAUUAGGAUGGAAAAUUAACUGAAGCAACUAGAUGACAUUGAAAAUGUGGAGGAAUUUGGCUAUGAUUCAAAUAGAGUAUCAUAAUAGGAGGAAUUCAAUACCUAGUUGCGUUCUUCACUUAUUAAGCUAUAAAAAUCAACAGAUCACUAAAGGUUUAAGAGACAAGCUACUUAGAAGGAUAGGCCUGUAAUGAGAUCUAACAAUGGCAGAAGCCCAAAAAGAAGCAUAAUUGAAUUACAACCAGAAUUGCUGAAUAUUUAGCCAGUUGUCAACCACUCUCGAAAUAGAUCGUCAAUCCCCACAACUCAACAUGGAACUGUCGAUUUAAACAACUUGGUAGGCUCAAACUAUAACUUAACACAAGACACUAACGCUCCUCAAAGCAGAAUGAAUAACCACGCUGAUAUACAGAUGACUUAGGAUACAAUAGAUAAUAGGCCAGAGUCUACCAAUACUAUCACUAGCUUUAUAAUGAAGAAUAUUGAGUUUUAAUUAGAACCCUACAAUCCCUAAAAUGAUCCAUUGCUUGAAAAUGAUAUCUAGAAGCUUUCUUAGCAUAUAUAAUCUUGCUUAAGCUCAAUUAAGAAUACAAGACUAUUAAUUGUGGAGUAUAGCUAGCUAUUCAAGACUUCAAUCGACUAGUAGGGUGAGGACGCCAAUGAAAUCAUCCGCUAACACUAUUCACAAGGCAUAAAAUGCCUGGAGAGUUACCAUUCAAUCAUGAAUUUGAUUGAGAAACUCAUUAAUACUAUUGACCUAGAAGCUAUAUCAAAUAAGAUAUCAACGAUCCAGAUAAAAACCAAUGAGUCUGAGAAACGAUUUUACUUCCUAGAAAAUAGAGUUAAGAUGCUCUAAGAAGUUCUAACAAGGAAAAUAAAGUUGCUUGAGAGAUAGCGUGCUCGUAUGCUUUCCAAAAAGCCACUGGUUAUUGUGAAACGUAAUCCGCUACUAGACACUAGAGAUGAUAAGCAUCACAAAUUCAAUGAAAAAUUAAUGGGAAAAGAACCCAGUAAUAUGUGA